CCGGGCGACUGUGGAGAUGGCGUUCCGGUGUCAGCGGGACAGCUACGCGCGGCAGUUCACCACCACCGUGGUCUCCUGCCGUCCCGCUGAGCUGCAGACCGAAGGGAGCCCCGGCCAGAAAGAAGUGCUGCGCGGGUUCCACGUGGUGCUGGAAGACACGCUGCUUUUCCCCGAGGGCGGGGGACAGCCUGAUGAUCGUGGUACAAUCAAUGACAUUUCUGUGCUGAGAGUGACCCGCCGGGGCAUCCAGGCUGAUCAUUUCACACAGACACCCCUGGACCCUGGUAGCCAGGUCCUGGUCCGGGUGGACUGGGAGCGCAGAUUUGACCACAUGCAGCAGCAUUCAGGGCAGCAUCUCAUCACAGCGGUUGCUGACCAUCUGUUUGAGCUGAAGACAACAUCAUGGUGAGUGGGAGGCAUAGGACUAACUUUAGGGGCUGG